CUAGUUUGUCACGGAAUUUGUAAAUCAAACGAAUUCGUUGAUUCCAUAUCGAUUCGCAUUUGCGUACACCCCUGACCCCUUGAUUUCUCUCAGUUCCGUUCUGCAUCAUAGAGUAUGGCCAGCCACGAUCUUCGAUUCUUCGAGUUGAACACAGGCGCUAAGAUACCUUCCGUUGGUUUGGGAACGUGGCUCGCUGAACCUGGCGUUGUUGCUCGCGCCUUGGCCACUGCAAUAAACGUUGGAUAUCGGCAUAUAGAUUGUGCGCAAAUUUAUGGCAAUGAAAAGGAGAUUGGUGCUGCCUUGAAGAAGUUAUUUGCUGAUGGUGUAGUUAAGCGUGAAGAUAUGUUUAUCACCUCCAAGCUAUGGUGUAAUGAUCACUUGCCGGAAAAUGUCCCAGAGGCAUUUGAUAAAACUUUACAAGAUUUGCAACUGGACUAUUUGGAUCUCUACCUUAUCCAUUGGCCAGUCAGUGCGAAAAACGGGAAGCUUACCAAACCUGACAUACCUAGCACAUGGAGAGCAAUGGAGGCACUCUACAAUUCUGGCAAGGCUCAAGCUAUAGGGGUCAGCAAUUUCUCUGUAAAGAAGCUUCAGGAUUUGUUGGAUGUGGCAAGUGUGCCUCCAGCUGUUAACCAAGUGGAAUUGCACCCUUCAUUACAGCAGCCAGAAUUGCAUGCUUUCUGUAAAUCCAAGGGAGUGCACUUAUCAGGCUAUUCACCACUGGGAAAAGGAUACAGUGAAAGUAAUAUUCUUAAAAAUCCAUUUCUGCACACAACUGCAGAGAAGUUAGGGAAGACUGCAGCACAAAUAGCUCUUAGAUGGGGACUACAAAUGGGCCACAGUGUGCUUCCCAAGAGCACAAAUGAUGCAAGGCUCAAGGAAAACUUUGAUCUCUUUGAUUGGUCCAUACCUGCAGAUUUGCUUGCCAACUUCUCUGACAUUAAGCAGGAGAGAAUAGUUACUGGAGAUGGUUUUUUUAGCAAGACAUCUCCCGGGUACAAAACAAUUGAAGAACUCUGGGAUGAGUAAUGGACAGUUUCCAUAUUGGCCACAUCCCCCCCCCCCCUCUUGCUUAAUGCAAAAAUGAGCCUAUCUUUAUGAUUAUUGUAAUAAUCUACGAUGUGUUUAUAAUUUUGGACUUGAGAUGUGUCAAGGGAGAUUUCGAGUUUACAUUAAUAACGUGUCAUUUUGGAAUUCAGUUGUUUGAGUCUUGACCUUAUUGUGUGUUUGACAAAACUAUUGUUAGAAGUCUAAUAUCGUUUAGAUUGGAAAAUGUUAGUUAUUAAUAUGUUAAUUUUUUGUUA